AUGUCAAAAACAAUUUCAUCAUCAUUCGUAACCGUUAGAGGUCAAGCUAUCUCAUUAGAAACACAAACUGAUUCAUUACUAUCUCGUUAUUCUACAUUUGCACAAACGACAAGCUCCGAACAAACGGGUAAAGAAAAGAAGCUCGAUACUCAAAUUGAAAACACUUUGAAGAAGAGACAAGAUAUAAUUGAUUCUCUUAAUGAUAUAUGUAAUGAAAAUCCAUCCAUUUCUGCAUCUAAACUUUCCCAAUUGCAACGUCACAAGGAAAUUUUACAAGAACAUUGGAAAAAUUUCCAAAAUAUUAGAUCAUCAAUACAACAGGAACGCAACAGACUAAAUUUAUUGUUCAGUGUCAAAAACGACAUUGCUCAACAUAAUUCAAACACAAACAUUAACGAUGAAGAAGAAUACAUCCAGGAUGAAUCUAGAAGAAUAGAUCAAUCUCAUAAUGUUGUUGACCGAUUAAUUUCACAAGCAUGGGAGACAAGAGAUCAUUUUACAGCUCAAAACAACGUACUAAACAAUGUUAAUAAUAAAACUUUACAAGUCUUACAAAGGAUUCCAGGGUUAAAUCAUUUACUUGGUAAAAUCAAUACUAGAAGGAAGAAGAACGCUGUUAUAUUAGCCUCUGUCAUGACCAUUUGCAUAUUGUUACUAUUUUUCACUUGGUAA